AUGGCCAGCACGACCAAAGACCCCGCAGCCAUCCAGGCCGCAAGGGCAUUGAACAACGUCCCCUGGUGCGACGACUACGAGAAGAUGAUCUCUGGGAUGCUAUAUAACCCCCUCAACCCAACCCUCGUCCAAGCCCGAAUGCGCGCCAAGCGCCUCACCAUGAAAUACAACAGCCACUUACCCGACGACGCCACGCCGGAAUCGCUGCAGGCGGACCGCGAGAAGAUCCUGUCCGAGCUGCUGGGGCGCGUUGGGCCGGAAUGCUAUAUCGAGCCGCCGUUCCAUGUCGAUUAUGGCUGUAAUGUGUCGAUUGGGAGGAAUUUUUAUGCGAAUGUUAACCUAACAAUCCUCGAUUGCGCCCUCGUCACCAUCGGCCACCGCGUCAUGAUCGGCCCCUCCGUCAGCAUCCUGGCCGCCACGCACGAGACAGAGGUGCAGUCCCGCCGCGACAACAUCGAGUACGCCCGCCCCGUGACUAUCGGCAAUGACUGCUGGAUUGGCGGCAACGUCGUCCUCCUCGCGGGCGUGACUAUCGGGAAUGGAUGCACCAUUGGCGCGGGCGCUGUCGUCACUAAGGAUAUCCCUCCGUUCUCGGUGGCGGUGGGGUCGCCGGCUAAGGUUGUUAGGAAGGUGACGCCUUUGCCUGAUAUUGAUUGA